AUGGGAACGAUUAUCAUGCGAUAUGUUUUCACUUGGUUAUGCAAAUGGCUUUUAAAACGUGGAACGCAGUUUAAUGCACUUAAAGUGGCACACAAACCAUUCAUCGCGAUAUCUUUGGAUGAACACGAGCGGAAGUUCAGUGCAAUAAAAAAAACUAACAAAGCUUCAGUUUCAUCAGAUCUCCAGCAGCUUGUGUACUUGAAAAGCUGCGGAAGUGAUCAUCUAAUGGUUCUGACUUUUUCUUCUCGAGUUACAUUUUUAGUGGAUCAUUCCACUACUCAAGAUUUCUUUAUGUUGCAAAAUGCUGUCAAAGCAAUAGAUCUUGAACUCACAUUUAAUAUAAAUAUUGUGUGA